GUCAUCCGCAGUGCAUGCUGGGGAGGCGCAUGCGCGGAGGCGGCCCCACCUCCAUGCAGCAUGCUGGGAGUUGUAGUCUUCCUACCGCGGACAGAGAAGGAAGCGGAGCGCCUGUCUCCCGGCCACCUCAUCACCCGGGCAGACGGUAGAGGAAGAGGCACCCUUGAGUGGCCAUGGAGGAGAAGGACGGCAGGCAGACACUUUGCCUUUUUGACGUGGACGGUACCCUGACAGGGCCUCGCCAGAAGAUCACCCCAGAGAUGGCGGACUUUCUGCAGGCCUUGCGGAAGAAGGUGGCCGUGGGAGUGGUGGGCGGCUCGGACUUUGAGAAGAUUCAGGAACAACUUGGAAACGACGUGGUAAAAAAAUUUGACUACGUCUUUCCAGAAAAUGGUUUAGUGGCCUACAAAGACGGGAAACUCUUGAGUAAACAGAGCAUUCAAGGCCAUCUGGGUGAAGAGCUUCUCCAAGACUUGAUCAACUAUUGCCUGAGUUACAUCGCGAAAAUCAAAUUGCCCAGGAAGCGGGGCACUUUUAUUGAAUUUCGAAAUGGGAUGCUGAAUGUGUCUCCUGUGGGCAGAAGCUGCAGCCAGAAAGAGAGGAUUGAAUUCUACGAGUUGGAUAAAAAGGAACAUAUAAGAGAUAAAUUUGUCACUGAUUUACGACGAGACUUUGCAGGAAAAGGCCUGACGUUUUCCAUAGGGGGCCAGAUAAGCUUCGAUGUGUUUCCAGACGGUUGGGAUAAGCGAUACUGUUUAGGAAUUGUUUCCGACGAUGGCUUCAAAACGAUUUAUUUCUUUGGAGAUAAGACCAUGCCGGGUGGGAACGACUAUGAAAUUUACACGGACUCCAGAACCAUCGGCCACAGCGUCACAUCACCAGAGCAGACAAAACAGAUAUGCGAAGAGUUAUUCUUCAACUAGAUGUGCUUAUUUUGUAGCAAAAGGGAGCAGGUCAAUUUCAGGGCCAAAAUUUGUAAAAUAACAUCCAUGGAAUGAAGGUCAGGAUCACGUUUGUAGUCCACGGACUAACUCUCUAAUCUCCUGGAAGCUGCUGUUUGCCCAGAGAGUGAAGCAGUCAUGCUGGGGCAAAUAGAAAUUUGGGGAAGGGGGAAUUGUCCAGACUACAGUAAGCUUAAAAAGGAGGGGUGCUCGCUCCUCUGGGCCUGAUCUAGGUCUCUCCCUCCUUGGCAGCUAUUUUAAAAUGGAAAAAAAAAAUAGACACGUUAAAUGAGUGAUUGCCUUUAACGUCGCAUCCAGUUUGUGUUUUGUGUGAUCACAGCUUGGCUUUGGGAGUGACUUGCUAGGGACUGAAACAUUUUGCCAUAACAGAACAGUCACAGAUGACUCUGCCGCCACACCAGACUCCUCAGCACACACCAGGAUCUCUUCCAAGCAACAUGUGUGGACAGCCAGUCUGUUUCCACAAGGGCUCGUGCCUGGUAAACAUUCUAGAAACCAUCCCUGAGCUGAGAAACUUCCUGUUAGAACUGGACCUCGCAUAUGCCUUCUGUCCUCAGGAUCCCCCCCUGGAUCAAACAAGGCAAGGAGCGCGUUUCCACGGUCAGCUGACAUCAGGCGUGGGGAACCUUCGGCCCUAUGUCUGUUGCUCAACUACAACUCCCAUCAUCCCAGGCUUUAAGACAGGUAGGAAACUAGGGCACCCUCAGAGAUAUUGUUGGACUCCAACUCCCUACGGCCAGCGAUGAUGUGAGUUUGUAGUCCAGCAACAGCCGGAGGGCAACAUCAGUAAAGGCCAAACUGCAGCCGCUCUUUCCACACCCCUCCCUGAUUUGUGACAAGAUUUUGCUACAUCCCUGUGAUAUGUUUGGAAUUUCAUGGUCCACGUAUUGGCAUGUAAAGGGCCAGGACACUGCCCUGACCUCACAACUGGCUUUUUUUGAACUCUGGCAAAAUAACCAAGUCCGCACUGGACUUUCUGAUGUCAUGCUACGUUUCCUGUGAGUAGUUCCUCCUCUGAGUUGGGUCGCCGCAUUAAAAUCUCCACAAAUGGUA